CCUGCUCACAAUAACUACGUUGCCAGCAUUUAUCUUUGCUACCAGUAUUACCAUACCAACACCUUGUUAAAGAAGAAGAAGGAAGGAAAGUUGGGUUGCUAGCAUAUAUAUGUGCUACCAGUAGACAAUUACCAUAACAACACAUUGUUAAAGAAGAAGAAGAAGAAGAAGAAGAAGAAGGAAGGUUGGGUUGCUAGCAUAUAUCUGUGCUACCAGUAGACAAUUACCAUAACAACACAUUGUUAAAGAAGAAGAAGAAGAAGAAGAAGAAGAAGAAGGAAGGUUGGGUUGCUAGCAUAUAUCUGUGCUACCAGUAGACAAUUACCAUAACAACACAUUGUUAAAGAAGAAGAAGAAGAAGAAGUAAGGUUGGAUUGCUAGCAUAUAUCUGUGCUACCAGUAGACAAUUACCAUAACAACACAUUGUUAAAGAAGAAGAAGAAGAAGAAGAAGAAGAAGAAGAAGGAAGGUUGGGUUGCUAGCAUAUAUCUGUGCUACCAGUAGACAAUUACCAUAACAACACAUUGUUAAAGAAGAAGAAGAAGAAGAAGUAAGGUUGGAUUGCUAGCAUAUAUCUGUGCUACCAGUAGACAAUUACCAUAACAACACAUUGUUAAAGAAGAAGAAGAAGAAGGAAGGAAGGAGGGAAGGGAGGAAGGAAUAUUGGGUUGCUAGGCAACUAAAGACAAGCCUCCUCGUCGUCAUCUCUUGGAUCUGUGAGUUUUGCCCCGUUCAGCUGUCGCCUGUGGACAUCCUCUCUGCAGCAUAAUGUCUUGUGCAGCCUACUUAGAUGGCAACGCAACGCCAAAGUCCAUGAGCAGAGCCAAACAAUGGACUGACGAGGUGGAGAACUUAUACAGAUUCCAACAGGCAGGCUACAGAGAUGAACUGGAAUACAAACAAGUAAAGCAAGUUGACUUGAUCGACAGGUGGCCUGAGACUGGGUUUGUGAAGAAGCUUCAGCGUCGAGACAACACAUUCUAUUACUACAACAGAAAAAGAGAAUGUGAAGACCGGGAAGUCCAUAAAGUGAAGGUCUAUGCAUAUUAAGUCAGGAGUGUCCAGCAAUCUCUUUUCCAUUUCCAAUAUCUUUUGACAUGUUUUUGAAGAAGACGUCUGUAGGAAGGAAGGCAGCACCAUCCCAGCUGUGGAAUGUAGACCAGUUCACUGAAUAAAGGGUGUGAGGCUGAA